GGCCGCCGCCUGCUGGCUGCAGCUGGCGCCCGCGCUGCCGGGCCGCGGCCGGCGAAAGGCUCGCCAGGAGAGGCAGCCGAGCCUGGCGGAGGAGAUCAGCGACGCCCUCGAGCGGGAGGCGUUGGAUGAGCACGAGCGGGAGUUCGAGAGCGCGAAACUCUGGGUGAGCUCGCCCGCUGCGGAGGGCCUCUCGACAGCUGCCGCUCCACCCGCCAAACGCCGCCUGGGGGCAGGGGAAUGUGAAGGAGCAGGAGGAAGAGGAGGAGGAGGCUUCCUACAAGUGGGAGGCCUGGAACUCCCAGCGCGGGGUGCCCAAGGCGGAGGCCAUGUUGAGGUACGUCGCCAUGCUGGACGAGAUUUCCCCUGCCUGGCGGGAUGGCGCGGUGGUGGACGAGCCCACGGUGGAGGAGCUCCUCGCGGCGGAGACCGUGAGACCAGCGGAGGGCACCGGCAUGGGAGUUCGCGCGAGCACGAUGGCGGCGGUCGAGGAUGGCGACUUCGACGGGACGCCAGUCGGGCAGCUCUGCGCAGAGAUAGCCGAGGGCAACGCAGAGGCCGUCGCGGCGCAGCUGGCGAGGAGUCCGCAGCUGGCCUUCCAGGCGGACAAGGACGGGAUGGCGCCCCUGCACUGGGCGGCCGACCGCGGCUGCGUCGAGGUUGUCGAGGCGUUGCUCGCCUUGGUUGGAACCGGCGCAGACGCUGCUGAACGUGUCAACGCGCGAGAUGGUGCAGGUGACACGCCCUUGCAUUACGCAGUGAACACAGAGAGCGUGGAGGUCGUUCGCCUCCUGGUUGCUGCUGGUGCCGACAUCCACGCGGAGAACGAGGCUGCGCUUGCAUAGCGAUGUGAUGGGUGGGGGCAUUCGUUAAGGAAUGGCCCCAGGAGGCUUCAGACCCUGGGGGACUCCUUAUCUGCGGUGGACGGCACUGUUAUCCAUGGCCGAUCCGCGCUCGGAGUUUCACCGGCUUCCAGACCCUGGAUUCCUUAUCGAAGGCCUCCUGAUCCAAUGCCCCCACAGUAGUGAUGUGAUGGGUGGAGGUGGGAAGGGGUCCGGGGUGGUCAUCGGACUCAGCGACGAGGAUCCAAAUGUGGAGGAAGCCUGUCGGGGCAGUGUAUCUCCGUUCUUCCCUGAUCGUGCUCGCACUCGCGAGCUGUGAGGCCUCUCGUUCGGUCUGCUCGCUUUUUCCGAAGCCGUACCAGGCUGCAGUAUAAAAGCGUGGAUUCCAGAAGAGUUGAAUGUCGAAUCGCGGCGUAGCAGGCCACUAUCUAGACUCUGAGAGAGUGGAUCUGGACAGUUCGAGCCAGCUGUCAUCACACCUUAAUGGUGGAGCAUGUGCGGGAGGGGG